CGCGCUCUACCACAAAUAGUUACAAUGGUUACCACAAUAGCAACGACAAUGAUGAGUACAAUUGCCACAGCAACCCCUCCAAUAACGGCGGUAGUAUUGCCAUUUUUCGCAGCAGAGUUCUGAGAGGAGAGAGUAGGAUCCUCUGUAGCAGAGUCUACAGUUGAAGUCUCUUUGGUUGGAGUCAUACUGGGAGGCAGAGUUUGGGUGAGGGAAGGUUUAGGUUCAUUGGGUGGUGGGGAAGGUUUAGAGCACUCUGGAUCACUGAGAGAAGAGAUGGUCACUGAGCAGUGGGAGUCUACAGUCAUCAGUACUCUGGUCACAAUGAUGCUGGCCCCGCCUCCUCUCACCCACUCUUCUAUCAGAGAGACGAGGGAAUCACUGUCUGUCUCAGAGGUCCCCUCAAGUCUGGCUCGAUACGUCAGGAAUGACGGAGAUUCCUCAAAACAGGAAAACGACUGUCUG